UACGUCGUGUACACCAUAAGGAUUAUGGGUACAACAUGGGGUGAGUUGCAUAAGGUUACCUAGGCAGCUGUGGUAACGGAGGCUGUUUCAGCCUUGUUUCUCGGUUCACACGCCGCAUGUAACGCUGCGUCCACCCGGCUCUGAUGCAGCGGAUCGCCAGCCUCGCUGCAUGCCGGGAGCUCGGCGGCCUCGCGGUCUGCGCCUGGAAGAAGAGCCUGACAUGCAGCAGGCAGCCGGUCGAGCACCACCAGCAGUGGGCGGGGGGGUGUGUGCGUCCUGCGCGUCCUUUCACCGGGGAUCACGGAGCACAAGGCCGGAGAUUCUGCAGGCGGAAGUUUUCGUUUGCCGCUCAGAGACACAGACUUUACGGCUCCCAGCCGGGAACCGGCGGGCCGGCGGGGCGCUCGGGCGGUCAGCCCGAUAUAUCCGUGGUCGGCAUUCCGGACCCGCUCACAUGGAUCCGGUGUAAAUUCAUCACGUACCUCAUCGAUUUGUUCUUUGAGUUAGACCUCAACUCUGUAGAGUUUGACAGAGGAGUAAAGCAGGCUUUGAUCCAUGUCUCCAACACAAUGUCCAGAGGCAGAUACCAUGAACUGAGGGGGAUACUGUCCCAUGAGAUGGUAGAAUAUGUUGAGAAGAGGUGCAGGUCUCUCACUAAUGCUCAGAGGCAGCAGCUAGCUGUUGCAUUGGAUGAUAUUAUAUUUGUGCUUCCAGAAGACGUGUCUGUUGUCUUUGAUCAAUAUGGUAGAAAGUACUGCUUCAUCAUCAUGAGGUUCUGGCUCCUGUCUACACAUGAAGGCCCAGAUGACCCAGAGGGCACAAAAAUCUUCAAAGUGACCUCUAGUGAAGACGGCAGCCCACAGAAGAAAUUAGCGACUGCUGUCUAUGAAUUCCACCGAGAGCUGACGAGGGGGGCCUCUCCUGACUGGACCGUCACCACCGUUUGGCACUGGCACUGGAAACUGGCUGAAUAAUUUGACGCGACGCUGUGAGGCCAUUUGUCACUCAUCAGGACGCAGCAGCAGACUAGUGAUCAGCUGAAUUUAUUUAUCCGUGAAAGACAAUAAACUGGACAGCGUACAAGGCGAGCAGCAGUCAUGGAACGGGACCCAAAGCCACAACACUGAGUCUACACAGACACCUGAAGGCCUCAGAACUUGAUACAUGAACCAGUCCUCCUACUUGAAGGUUGUCCUUUGACCCCAAGAUGCCUUUAGAGCCUUCCUCCAAUGAUUCACACAUUUGGAAACAAGUCAAAGCAGCAAGUAACACCCAUUAAGUGUUUUUAGCUGAGAUAUAUGGACAGAGUGAUGAGGUCACUGGAAGAAGACUUAAACUGUUUUUCUCUGAAAACUUCUUAGUUUCUAAGGUCAAAAAUGAACUUUGAGCCUCAGCCACAUUGAGUCUGUUAAACCAACAUCUUGUGUCAAUAAACUGUUUGAUCAUGGCACCAAAUUGUACCUAUAAUCAUUUAAUGUACAUAGAAAAUCUGCCCUCACAAUCAUCUGGCAUUGCACUGAUAAACUAAGGGACUGUAAAAAUAGAAUUACGGCCUUGCAGUUGCAUGCCUCAUCCAGUCAAGUUGCAGGAAAUAUGUUCACAAUCUCGCCUUCUGUUCCUGAGUUCAGGUGUUGAAAAAUGUCCAGAAAAGUGUCUUUGCAGAAAAUUAUGUUAUCACAAUAAAGUUUAUCUUUGA